GAGCUCCCCCCGCGGGAGAGAUCCAUCCCACGUCAUGCGCUGCUCGCGCUGCCCGCGCCGCUCCCGCUCCACUCCUCCAGCAGCGCUCUGUGGGAUCAGAGGGUCUGAGAUCAGCUCGGGGUCGCGCGGAAUGAACCUGAGCCGCCGAGCAGAGCUUCCCCCCCCGCGCACCUGAACCCGAGACUCAGCCUGAACCUGGAGCUGGAGCUGCUUUUCUCCUACUGAGAGAGAAACUUCUGUUACUGAGAGUUUUACUGAACGUGGAGACUGAGAGCAGAGUACCUGCGUGGAUCUGUCUCUCUGCGUGUGAGUGGAUGCCCCGUGCUUCUGUAGCUUUAACUCCUGACCACCAGAAUCAGAACCAGCACCACGAGCACCAGCACGCCUGCGAGGAUGCAUAUAGCACGGAUUACGCGUGGAGUUGUGAUUAAUGCCUGGAGGACCGUGGCUCUGGCGUUGUGGGUCUCGGCCACUGUGAGGGGCGCAGCGGCCGAUGUGAACCUGUCGGAGUCUGGGGAGAUCGAGCCACUGGCGGAGGCCCAGAGUGGAGGCUUGCCAGCAUCUGAAGGAAACUUCCUUGAGUUUGUGGAGCCUCCCAGUAACAUGACGAUAAUGCAGGGCCAGACCGCCACGCUGCACUGUAAGGUAUCUGGCAACCCGCGGCCCACCAUCCGCUGGCUGAAGAACGACGCGCCGGUGGUGCAGGAGCAGGGCCGCAUCUCCAUCCGCAAAACAGAGUUCGGCUCCAAACUGCGCAUCCAGGACCUGGACACCACCGACACCGGCUACUACCAGUGCGUCGCCUCCAACGGCCACAAAAUCAUCACAGCCACCGGAGUUCUCUACGUGCGCUUAGGCCAGUCUCCAACCCAUGGCCCAGGCGAUGCAACUUAUGAAAAGGGUUUCUGUCAGCCCUACCGAGGCAUCGCCUGUGCGCGCUUUAUUGGGAACAGGAGCAUCUAUGUGGAGUCUCUGCAGAUGCAGGGAGAAAGUGAGAAUCGAAUCACAGCUGCAUUUACAAUGAUUGGCACCUCCACCCAGUUGUCCGACCAGUGCUCCCAGUUCGCCAUCCCCUCCUUCUGCCACUACGUCUUCCCCCUCUGCGAGGAAGGCAGCAGGGGUCCGCGGCAGCGCCAGCUCUGCAGGGACGAGUGCGAAGCCCUGGAGAACGACCUGUGUCGCACCGAGUACACCAUCGCCCGCUCCAACCCUCUGAUCCUCAUGCAGCUGGAACUGCCCAACUGCCACCUGCUGCCCCACCCGGGCUCCCCUGAUGCCGCCAGCUGCAUGCGCAUCGGCGUGCCCAUCGAGCGCCUGGAGACAUAUUCUCCCACAGAUCACAACUGCUACAAUGGCAGCGGCGCUAAUUAUAGAGGUACCGUCAGUGUAACCAAGUCUGGAUACCAGUGCCAGUCCUGGAGUGCCCAAUACCCGCAUAGUCAUCACCUGACGCCUUUGGAGUACCCCGAGCUCAGAGGAGGACACAACUUCUGCAGGAACCCAGGAGGACAAAUGGAAAGUCCUUGGUGCUUCACUCUCGAUCCUCGUGUGAGGGUUGACGUCUGUGAAGUCCGAGCGUGCAAACCCCCAGAGAAUGUGAAGAAGGAGAUCCUCUACAUCCUAAUUCCCAGUAUUGCCACCCCACUGGUUAUUGCCUGCCUCUUCUUCCUGGUCUGCAUGUGUCGUAACAAGCAGAAGGAGUCAGUUGACAGCCCCCCUCGCCGGAACCUCACAGCCUCUCCUAGUCAGGACAUGGAGAUGCCACUCCUCAACCAGCACAAGCAUCAGGCAAAGCUCAGAGAAGUCAACUUGUCGGCUGUGCGGUUCAUGGAGGAGCUCGGAGAGGACCGCUUUGGAAAGGUCUACAAAGGUCACCUCUACGGCACUGCCCCUGGUGAGCAGACCCAAGUGGUGGCCAUCAAAACGGUAAAAGACAAGGACGAAGGUAGUCUGCGGGAAGAGUUCCGUCACGAGGCCAUGCUCCGUUCCCGCCUCCAGCACCCCAACAUUGUAUGCCUCCUGGGUGUAGUGACCAAAGAGCAGCCCAUGAGCAUGAUCUUCAGUUACUCGGGCCACGGUGACCUGCACGAGUUCCUGGUCAUGCGCUCGCCACACUCGGACGUAGGCAGCUCCGACGAUGACAAAACGGUGAAGUCCGCUCUGGAACAGGCAGACUUCCUGCAUAUAGUCACCCAAGUGGCGGCUGGGAUGGAGUACUUGUCCAGUCAUCACGUUGUCCACAAAGAUCUGGCAGCUCGAAACAUUCUGGUGUGCGACAAGCUCAACGUGAAGAUUCUUGACCUCGGUUUGUUUCGGGAUGUCUACUCCGCUGACUACUACAAGCUGAUGGGAAGCAGCCCCUUCCCCAUCCGUUGGAUGUCCCCAGAGGCCAUCGUGUACGGAAAGUUCUCAACCGACUCAGAUAUCUGGUCCUACGGUGUGGUGCUGUGGGAGAUCUUCAGCUACGGCCUGCAGCCCUACUGUGGCUACUCCAACCAGGAUGUGAUUGAGAUGGUGCGCAACAGACAAGUGCUGUCCUGCCCCGAUGACUGCCCUUCCUGGAUCUACACACUCAUGCUGGAGUGCUGGAACGAGUUCCCUGCGCGGCGGCCACGCUUCAAGGACAUCCAUGCACGCUUACGCACUUGGGAAAGCUUGUCCAACUACAACAGCUCGGCGCCGACCUCCGGAGCCAGCAACACCACCCAGACCAGCUCUCUCAGCACAAGCCCGGUCAGCAACAUCAGCGCUGCCCGCUAUGUCACGCCCAAGAAAGCCUCGCCUUUCCCCCAGCCACAGUUUAUGCCCAUGAAGGGCCAAAUGAGGCCAAUGGUCCCGCCUCAGCUGUACAUCCCCGUCAAUGGCUACCAGCCUGUGCCUGCCUACCCAUACCUACAGAACUUCUAUCCCAUGCAGAUCCCUAUGCAAAUGCCCUCACAGCAGAUGCACCCGCAAAUGGUGCCUAAGGCAGGGUCACAUCACAGUGGCAGCGGCUCUACCAGCACAGGCUACGUCACUACCGCACCGUCCAAUGCCUCAGGCACGGAUAAGGCAGGCCUCCUGAAUGAAGAUGUCAAGGCAGCUGAGGAGAACAUGGCUGAUGGCGCCUCCCAGAACGGCCUGCACAGCGAGGGCACGUCCGUCCCAGAAACGGAGCUUCUAGGAGACAUUGACAGCAAACAGAUUAAUGACAUGCACGAGAUGCAUUCAGAGGCGUGAGCAGCCGUUUAGGACCCAACGACAGCAAGAGCUGUCCAGUGAAGUGUGACUUUGUAGUGUCUGCCAGUUGAGCAUCAGUCUGAAAAAGAGUGAAGGGAAACGAAACGGAUAUUUAUGUUUUUUUGGCAGUCGCUUGAACAUGACUCUCAUUUUCGGAGGCUGUACCUCUACGGCUGGUGACGCCCGUACCUCUAGGACUGGUGCCGGCUGUACCAGUGGGCUGCCUUAAAUAAGAGAUCUGAAAUGAAGAAUCGAACUUCUUACCUUACCUUAACUUCUACAGUAGGUGGGUUGCUGGCAUGACAUAUGGACAGACUUUCCUUUUUUAUCAAACCUGUUGCAAAGCCAUUCAGAAGAAUUUGUGUUCUUACUGUUGCUGUGCAACAUGAAGCAUUGUAUCUUUUUAUAAGGAUUCCUGUACUUGCCACCUAUUCAUGUCUCAAAUUUCUGUGUUGUUUUCACUUCAAGACUGUCAUUGGAAAGGUCAAGCAACCUGAUGUUUCUCAUAUUCUCAGGCCCUGUCCACAGGUAUCUGGAUAUAUUUUAAAUUGAGAAUAUUGAAAAUAGGAGAAAAUAAACUUUUUUGAUUAUUCUGAUGUCACAAUGCAUGUUUGUUUCUGUCUGAAUCUCAAAUACUUUCUUACCCCCUAUAUAGUGAACUACAUAAGUCAUACAACUACAACAUCUACACUAUAUCAAUAUAGCACUAUAUUUCAGGUACUGACUUACGAAUAAAUGUAAAUACUGCUUUUUUUUUUACAUAACAUUACAUAAUGUUCAGUUUAUAUAUAGAAUCAGUUUUUUCUUGGCUUGCAUAUUAUACUACAUAGGGAGUAGUGUGUAAUUUGGGAUUAGACCAGGUGUGUUCAUCGUGUUUCUCUUCAUGAGGUGCUAGAGUAAAAUCCCAGUUCUUAAAACAAUCCAGAUACAUGUGGACGUAGCCUCAGUGAAAUGAGAACGAGACUUUCCGUGUUUACUACAUUGAUGUGUAUGGUCAUUGUGUCCGACUGAGAUGGAAUGUGGUCACAGGGUUACACGAAUGAAGUGCCGAUUUUUAAGUGAUUGACCUGAUCCUGUGCAAAAUGCGCAAAACAUGAUGGGCCUACAACGUGUAUUUGUGUGAUAUUUUUUAAAGGAAGUUGUAAAGUUUUGUAAUUUAUGUCAGUGAGUCUCUUAAAGAAAUUGAUUCUUUUAUUUUUCUUUGUUUCUCUUUUAAAUAAUUUUGUUUAGCCAGCGAUAUUACUUUAAGAUUGUUUAAACCCAGAUACUUGCUUUUUACCAAGCCAUUAUAACAGAACUUAAUCAAAUAUUGUGUACAUCCAGCGACAUGGAGUGUCAAAUAAAGUGAUACGUGACACACA